AUGGAUUACGAGGAGAUCUCCGCUGCUCAGGCUGCGAACCGCGACGAUGCUACAAAGGAUACAUCGGCGGACGCCUUGAGGGCGCGCAAUGAGGCCAUCAUGGCUUCGCCGCUAUACAAUGCCCAGUUCGUGGGCGACGAUCUGGCGAAACACCUGGACACGGAGGAGGGGGAUGUCUACGAUCGCGGCAUCAAGCACUUCAGUCGUCUGGGCUGGAAGCGCCUUACGGUCGUGAUGAUUGUCGAGGCUAUUGCACUUGGAAGUCUUUCUAUACCGUCUACCUUUGCAUCCCUCGGCAUGGUUGCUGGUGUGAUUACCUGCGUUGGUAUCGGUAUGAUUGCCAUUUACACGAGUUAUAUCGUCGGCCAGACUAAGCUUGCCUUCCCCGAAAUUGCUAGCUACGCUGACGCCGGUCGCGUGAUGGGCGCGAAGCUCGGAUGCCCUCGUUUCGGAUACGAAUUGAUCAAUGCGAUGCUGGGCAUCCAAUUGCUCUUUCUCACUGGCUCUCACUGUCUGACUGGAACAAUCGCGUGGCGGAGCAUCACCGGUAGCGAAAUUUGCUCCGUAAUCUUCGGUGUCGUGUCGGCGAUUAUCCUGCUCUUGCUUGCGAUCCCGCCUAGUUUCACUGAGAUGGCUGUGUUGGGCUACAUUGACUUCGCCUCAAUUAUCAUUGCCAUCGGUAUCACGAUCAUCGCGACUGGUGUGUCGUCUACCAACGCCCCUGGUGGGCUGUCUGCCGUGGACUGGUCUGCGUGGCCCAAGGAAGGCCUCACCUUUACCGAUGCCUUUGUCGCCGUGACAAACAUUAUCUUCGCGUACAGUUUCGCUCUGUGCCAGUUUUCCUUCAUGGACGAGAUGCAUUCGCCGAAGGACUUUGUCAAGUCCAUUUGGGCUCUGGGUAUCGUUGAGAUCAUCGUCUAUACCCUCACUGGUGCAUUGGUCUAUGCCUUCGUGGGCUCGAGCGUCCAAAGUCCCGCGCUUCUAUCUGCCGGCUCCCUCGUUAGCCGUAUUGCAUUCGGUGUUGCUUUGCCCGUGAUUUUCAUCAGUGGUUCGAUCAACACCGUUGUCUUUGGACGUCUUGUGCACGGCCGCAUUUUCGCGAACUCGCCUCUCCGCUUCGUUAACACCAAGAUGGGUUGGCUGACUUGGUUAGCGGUUAUCUCCGCUGCGACGAUCGUGGCGUUCAUUAUUGCAGAGGUUAUCCCCUUCUUCGAUGAUCUGCUCUCGAUCUCGUCUUCGUUGUUCAUUUCUGGAUUCACCUUUUACUUCCCUCCUAUGAUGUGGGUGUUGCUUCUUCGCGAGGGUAGCUGGUGGACUAAGAAGAACAUGGCUCUCGCUGCCGUCAACCUAGUCACCUUUAUCAUUGGUAUGGUUACGCUGGUUGCCGGAACCUACGCUAGUGUUGAUGAUAUUCUCCUGAAGUAUCGCGCCGGUACUGUCCAUGGUGUCUUUACCUGCGGCUCCCCGGAGUAA